AUGGUGGCAAUAUUAGCAGCCGCCGCCACUAUGGAGGUUAACCCUCUUUUGGCUGCCACCGGGGCUAUUCCUCUAAAUCAAGAGAAUUGGGUUGAUGGGCAUUUUGCAGAUGUGGCAGAAAUUAUCGCAGGAAAAUGCUUGAAAUAUUGGGUUGAGAUUGGUGCAGUUCUAUCCGGGAUUGGACUUUUUGAAGCUCAAUUGAGCAGUUGUGCUUACCAGAUUCUUAGUAUAGCGGAUUUAGGAGUUGUGCCUAGGUCUUUUGGGACAAGGUCCACAUGGUUCAACACACCUUGGGUUGGGAUUUUGAUGUCAACAUUGGUUUCAUUGGCAGUUUCAUACAUGAACUUCACGGCCAUUAUAUCUUCGGUGAAUUUCUUGUAUAGUUUGGGAAUGUUGCUGGAAUUCGCAUCCUUCCUUUCGUUGAGGAGGAAGAUGGCAAGGGCAAAGUGGCCUUACAAAGUCCCCCAGCCGAUGCUGGGCUUGGUGAUCAUGUGCUUGGUCCCAUCUGGGUUUUUGUUGUAUGUUAUGAGUGUUGCUACUAAGAAUGUGCAUUUGGUGAGUGCUCUGUUGACUGUGGUUGGGAUUGGUUGGUACUUCUUGAUGAGGUUUUGCAAAACAAAGAUGUGGCUUGGGUUUCACAAUGGUAGUGAGAAAAAUGAGGAUGAGGAUAUAAAUUAGGUUUGAUUAAUUGUUUUUAUUUAUUUAUUUUUUUAUUUUUUUAUCUUCUUUUGAGUCCUUAUGUAUAGAAUUUAUGAAUAGAAAAAGUAUUUGAAUUUC